GUCUUCUCCCCAUUCGUUAAAAUUAUUUCAGCAAAUGCAUUUUAAAAACUCUAGUCAUCACCUGUUUCUUCCGUCUUCUUUGUCUCCCCAUAACCAAAAUUCACAAAUUUCAUCCAAAUCCUUCUUGUAUGAUUGUUGUUUUUCUCUUCAAAUCUAAGAAGUUUUUGAUAACAGUUGUUUCAAUAUGGUGUUGUCGGGGCUACAAGGUAUCUCUAAAAGGAAAACUUCAUCUUCAUUGUCAUUAGAAUUGUCGUUGUCUCAUCUAGGUGUUAAUAGAGUAGUGAUAAGGGAGUCUUUGAGAAAGGAUUUAAGGCCUCAGUAUCCAUUCCGGCUAAAGAACUGGUUCAUCAUAGGAUUGCUUCUUGUGAUGGCCAUGGGAUUCUUAGCUCUCACUCUUUUCCUCUUCCUCAAUCUGGAUGUCAAUCAUAGAUCUCCUUCCUCUACCCUCGUCACUUCCUCUCCAGGCAUCAAGGGGGUGUGGAUGGAUGGAUGCCAAGCUCAUGAAGAAGAUUAAGAAUCCAAACCAUUUCGGAGCUACCUGCUGCUAGUGCUCUGUAGUCUGCCUUUGUUUAGCUUCGUGCUACAGCUCGUUGUUUGGUUGCUUUCCAAGACACUAGAUUGGAGUCAAGAUACAUCACAUAGCCAGUUAUAGAGAUUAAAGUAUCCUUAUCACC